GUGGCCCCCUCGCCGAGGUGGCAUCGGGGCUGCGCGCGGCCCUCGUGCAGCCGCUCGCCGGAGCCGCUGCGGAGGACGUCUCCCGCCAGGGCCUCCUCCGCCGGCGCCGCGCUGUGAGAGCGCCGGGGUGGAGGAGGAGGAGGAGGAGGAGGAGGAGGAGGAG